CAAAAAAGGAAACACUAACGUGCGCUGCUACUAUUGGACCUUUUUCGAAUAGCGUUGAAAUUAUCAUCUCCUUUUCUUCUCCACGCUAGGGUUCUUUUCCCCCAUUCUCUCUCCUUUCCCGCUCUCACCUCCCUCUGUCACCGAUCAUCUUCUUUUCAAACUUCAUCACUUCUCCAAUUUCAACUCAUAGCUAGCUUCAACACUUUCUUCAUCUCUACACUACAACGGAAUAUGUCAACUCAUAAUCGAAGGACUGUUUCGUCUACUCGAAGACCUUCUGAGUCUGCCGCUGGUGGACCUCGAAAAUCUCUUUCGUCUUCGCGUCCUAUGGGAUUUGCAGGAGAGCGAACAGUGAAAUCAUUGCGUCUUUCAAAGGCCCUGACAGUACCCGAAACAACAACUGUCUAUGAAGCUUGUCGUCGGAUGGCUGCUCGUAGGGUGGAUGCUCUAUUACUAACUGAUUCUAAUGCUUUGCUUUGUGGAAUCCUCACAGACAAGGAUAUAGCAACCAAAGUUGUUGCCCGAGAGAUUAAUCCUGAAGAAACACCUGUUUCCAAGGUUAUGACAAGGAAUCCUGUAUUUGUCCUUUCUGAAACUCUUGCAGUGGAAGCCCUCCAAAAGAUGGUGCUAGGGAAAUUCAGGCAUCUACCGGUGGUGGAGAAUGGAGAAGUUUUGGCUUUACUCGACAUAGCAAAAUGUUUGUAUGAUGCCAUUGCACGUAUGGAAAGGGCUGCUGAGAAAGGAAAAGCAAUUGCAGCAGCUGUUGAAGGAGUUGAAAAACACUGGGGAUCAUCCAAUUCUGACUCUAAUUCAUCAUUCAUUGAAGCUAUUCGGGAACAGAUAUUCAAACCAUCAUUGUCCACAAUCAUUCCUGAGAAUUCAAAGACGGUAACAGUUUUGCCAACAGAUUCGAUUUUGAAAACAACAAAGAAGAUGGUUGAACUUCAUGCAAGUUGUGCUGUUGUUACUGUUGAUGGCAAACCUCUAGGCAUCUUGACUUCAAGGGAUAUCUUGAUGCGGGUAAUUGGACAAAAUCUUCUGCCAGCAUCAACUCCUGUUGAGAAGGUCAUGACUCCAAAUCCAGAAUGUGCAGUAAUUGAUACAGCAAUUGUCGAUGCACUUCAUACAAUGCAUGAUGGAAAAUUUUUACAUCUUCCGGUGGUUGAUAGAGAUGGCAUUGUAGUCGCUGUGGUCGAUGUGAUUCAUGUGACUCAUGCUGCUGUGGCUACAGUUAGUCAGGUCGGAAACAACGAAGCUGCUACCUCCUUGAUGCAAAGAUUUUGGGAUUCAGCCAUGACCUUGCCUCCAACUGAUGAUGACGACGAAAAUCGAAGUGAAAGUUCCUGCAAAAUAGGUUCUGAUGGAGGAGACACGGGGAGAUCCGUUCCUUAUAUAUCAGCAGGCAUGCCCAAUACAUUUUCCUUCAAAGUACAAGAUAAGAAAGGAAGAAUGCAUAGAUUCACAUGUGAUACCCGGAGCAUGACGGAGGUUAUCACUUCAAUCCUUCAGAGACUUGGUGCUGAUAUUGACCCUAACAAUCUGCCUCAUAUUCUGUAUGAAGAUGAAGAUCACGAUAAAGUUGUAUUGGCUUCAGACAGUGAUCUUGCCGCAGCUGUGGACCAUGCAAGGACGGCUGGCUUGAAGGGAUUGAAAUUGUAUUUAGACUACGAAGGAACGGGCGGUCACAGGAAAGGUUCACAUUCAGGAAGUUUAGAGCUUGCGAGUACAGAUGCAUGGGCUUCAGCAUAUAGUGCUGUUGCUGCGGGAGCUGCUCUUGCUGCUGGCUUAGGCCUAUUAACAUACUUGAAGCGAACUUGAUGGAAAGAAGAAACAAAUUUUUUUGUUGGUAUAUAAAGGCCAAGCUAAAGCAAAUUGGAACUUUGGAGGGAGCACACUGCACCUGCCAUACUUAUACUCUGGAAUUUUGUACAACUACAUUUUUUUUAUACGGGAAAAAGGUUAAAGCAUUCUUUUUCACGAUGUUUAUUGUACUUUAUGAAAACUGGCUUGCUGCUUGUAUACUUGUAGUUUUAGGUUUUGUAGCGUCAUCACUUGUUUGCCGAGGAUGUGUACAAGAAUAAACGGCAUUAACGCAAGUUUAUGUCCAUUUUUCCUGACAGAGUUCAUAAAACCAUUCAAUUAGCGUAGGAUUUUCUACGCAUAAUAUUUUUUUUAUAUCAAUGUUAUAUCGGUUAGUAUUCAGAUGCUA